CAUGUACACUAUACUCCUAAGCUGUGUUACUCCCUGGUUUCAUUUUGUCCCUGUUGAGAAAAGACUGAAUGAAGCAGACAGUGAGAAGUUGACCUGCCUCUACGUCCUUGUGGUUUGGAUGCACGUGUAGCCGCGCCGCCUCGUUCUCCGUUUUGCAACUCUACUGUGGAGACGGAAAUCACGUGAACUCUACAUCUGGCACGGAAAUGACGCUUCUAAAGAGAACUCGGCAGGCUGAGCGCGGAGCUGGAUGGUGUGUCUAUCAGCAAACGGUGGAAGAAUUGUAUCUGUGAUCGUCGACAGAAAAAAUGGACAUGACAAUUUCUGAUGCUGGUUCACAACUGGCACUGGAAAAAUGCAACACUUGUUGCAGAAAUCUUUUUCAUUGUCCUCUUUGCCCAACAUUCAAGCCAGCAAGGAAGGCUAAGAUUGAGACACAUAUACGUGCCCAUAUGAAAAAUGCUAUUCAUUUCAAAGGCAAAAGCAUCUGUCGGUGCAGACUCCCAUGCCGUGCUGAGGGUCAUUAUCACUGCCCUUUCUGUCAAAAGACAAUCAUUCGUCGGAAUUGUAUGGAAAGGCAUUUAAUAAUAUGCCAAGGGUGUCCACCAGCUGUAACAUCCCUGGCCUCUGCACCGACACCUAUAACUACAUAUGUACGACCACUGGCCUCUGCAUCUACUCCAACAGCUGUAACAUCGCAGGCCUCUACACCUAAAACUACAUCUGUACCACACCUGGCUUCAGCGUCUACUACAACAGCUGUAACAUCGCUGGCCUCUACAUCUAUAACUACAUCUGUACCACACCUGGCUUCAGCAUCUACUACAACAGCUGUAACAUCGCUGGCCUCUACAUCUAUAACUACAUCUGUACCACACCUGGCUUCAGCAUCUACUACAACAGCUGUAACAUCGCUGGCCUCUACAUCUAUAACUACAUCUGUACCACACCUGGCUUCAGCAUCUACUACAACAGCUGUAACAUCGCUGGCCUCUACAUCUAUAACUACAUCUGUACCACACCUGGCUUCAGCAUCUACUACAACAGCUGUAACAUCGCUGGCCUCUACACCUAAAACUACAUAUGUACCAGACUUUGCUUCAGUUGUAACAUCACUGGACUCUGCACCUUCUACAGAUAAAGGACUUUUCUAUACUGCUCCAAGCUGGAGGUACAUGCCGCUGGUUGUGCUGUCAGAGGCUGAGAAGAGAUCAGUCCUGAUGGAGCGUCACAGUAACCCUGGAAGUGGAAAACACUGUGACAUGGUCUUAUCAGUUUGUGAUGCUGGUUCACAGCCAGCGGUGGAGAAGUGCAGCACUUGUUGCAGAAAUCUUUUUCAUUGUCCUCUUUGCCCAACAUUCAAGCCAGCAAGGAAGGCUAAGAUUGAGACACAUAUACGUGCCCAUAUGAAAAAUGCUAUUCAUUUCAAAGGCAAACGCAUCUGUCGGUGCAGACUCCCAUGCCGUGCUGAGGGUCAUUACCACUGCCCUUUCUGUCAAAAGACAAUCAUUCGUCGGAAUUGUAUGGAAAGGCAUUUAAUAAUAUGCCAAGGGUGUCCACCAGCUGUAACAUCCCUGGCCUCUGCACCGACACCUAUAACUACAUAUGUACGACCACUGGCCUCUGCAUCUACUCCAACAGCUGUAACAUCGCAGGCCUCUACACCUAAAACUACAUCUGUACCACACCUGGCUUCAGCAUCUACUACAACAGCUGUAACAUCGCUGGCCUCUACAUCUACAACUACAUCUGUACCACACAUGGCUUCAGCAUCUACUACAACAGCUGUAACAUCGCUGGCCUCUACAUCUACAACUACAUCUGUACCACACCUGGCUUCAGCAUCUACUACAACAGCUGUAACAUCUCUGGCUUCUACAUCUACAACUACAUAUGUACGACACCUGGCCUUUGCAUCUACUCCAACAGCUGUAACAUUGCUGGCCUCUACACCUACAACUACGUAUGUACGGCACAUAGCCUCUACAUCUACUACUACAGCUGUAACAUCGCUGGACUCUGCACCUUCUACAGAUAACAGGCUUUUCUAUACUGCUCCAAGCUGGAGGUACAUGCCACUGGUUGUGCUGUCAGAGGCUGAGAAGAGAUCAGUUCUGAUGGAGCGUCACAGUAACCCUGGAAGUGGAAAACACUGUGACAUCAAAGGUUCUCACCGCUGCCAGCUGAAUGAUCCCAUCAAGACUGUUGUCCCGGUUUUACAUACAAUUAAGCUAGAAGAAGCCUGGGAUGUGCUUGGUUUGGAUUUAAUUGGACCACUACCCGAAACAGCACGACACAACAAAUUUGUGAUAACCAUGACAGACCUGUACACAAAGUGGGUCAUUGCAGAGCCUCUGCAGUCUAAGGCUGUAAAUGAGGUGUCUUUAGCAAUUACCACAAAGUUGUGCAUGUUCGGCAUGGUCAGGCACAUCAUUACAGAUCAAGAUAAGGAAUUCAUCAAGGAGCUCAAUGACAGCAUAUUCAGCAGGUUGAAAAUUAAAAAUGCAGUGUCCAGCGUUUAUCAUCCACAGCCCAGUGGGCAGGAUGAAUUAUCCAACCAAGACAUCAAGCGUACUCUCAGAAAAUAUAUGAAUGAAAGUAAUAAUGACUGGGACCUUCAUCUGCCUGUUGUGGUGUAUGGCGUUAAUACUGCAAAACAGAACUCCACCAGGCAGAGCCCCUACUUCCUCCUCUUCCACCGGCACCCUCGCCUGCUAGAAGUGACGAGUCCCUGUCCCAAGGCAGAGAAUUUGGAAGUUGCUCACCCAGAAGAGGACACUGACAGCAAAGUGAAUGAGAUGAAACCUUUGAGUGAAACGGUCCUUAGCAAUGUGGAGAGAGUAGAGAGCGAGCAACAAAAUAGCGUUGAAGACCAAAAGUAUGCACCAAAUGAAGGGACGUUUCUGCAGGACCAUUGCUAUUCUACCAUUGAAGUGAAGAAAGAGGAACCAUAAUCUCUCAGGUCCUCCCUGGGGAGGUGACAGAGCCUGCAGUGCACUGGAUCAGCACUGAGGAUCAGCAUAAGCCCCCCAGAUAGGUCUUGGAGGUAGAGUAUACUGAGGCAAAAGAUGUCAUUAUAUUCAUCUUUCAGUCUCAGGAGGACAUGGAGAUAUUACCCACUAAGGGGUUGAUUCUCCCACUUAAGCCAAAAAAAUUGCUUAAAAAGUUAUGCUCACUUGAGUUGAGUGUUUUGUCCUCAAUUGCAGUUACCCUGAAAAAGAAGGUGCAGCCAUGCCAGUGUUUCCCUAGUUUUUUUUUUUUACUUUAUGCUGGUUGAUAUAUGUAUAAUCACUUGUUAAAUAAAAUGCUUAAAACUUCCCCUUUGUGGCUGAGAGCCUGAAGCAUUAUCUGUACAAAAUUCCUCGCUCCCAGUUUUGCUCUAUUCAAAACCCACGCCAGCGAAAAUUUGUGCCAAUAAUUGGAUCUUGAGAAUCUCAGUCAGGAUUUUAAACCAAAUAAGGAUCUCAUUUGAGAUGCCAAACGUUUCAGUGUACACGCCAAUAUCAUACAGUCAUUUAUUCGAACCAUCUCUUGCUGAUGGGGCAUUUACAAUUUGGAAAUGAAAGAGCCUAUGUUGUAUUAGAGAAUUGUAUAUAGAUGACAAAUUUGUUUCUUUUAUGUAGUUGAAAGUACAAUAUGAUCUUCAAGAGUCUCACUUUUUUCAUUUUUUACAAGUCACAUUAUGUACAAGCAAAUAUUCUACAAUAUUUAACUAAACCGAAGAUUUGUGUCAUUUAUUAUCUGUUUAAUUCCCAUCCAGAGUUUAAACACCCGAUCUCUCAUUUUGUUUCUACAUUUUUAAGUCCAGUCAACGAUGCCAACUUUAAAGAGGCUUGGGCCAAAGAACUGAAUGAAAUAGUGACAGGCGAAAUCUGGCUAAAAGAAUUAUUCGACGUGUAAAUGCUCGGUUAACUCUAGAUACCAGUUGAUUCAGUUUAAAGUUUUACAUACGAUCUACUAUUCAAAAACAAAACUGAACAAGAUAUAUGAUUCUAUUUCUCCUCAGUGUAAUAGGUGCAACGUAGCUGAAGGGACGUUGUCACACACAUUUUGGUUCUGCCCUUUUCUAUCGGAUUUUUGGUCUAAAAUAUUUUAUUUGGUUUUCGGGGGUUUUCAAUAAACAUCUUCAAAUGGAUGGAGUUUUAGUGAUUUUUGGCUUCGCAGAAGUGGCAAAAACUCUUAUUUUCAACAACAGGCUCUAAUGACUGGUGUGGUUGCCGCCAAGAAGAUAAUCCUUCUUAACUGGAAAUCCACUGACACUCCCAUGUUUUAAUCACUGGUUAAAUGAGGUGCUCUUUAUUAUUCAAUUGUAAAAAUUGCGCUCACAUGUCCCCUGUUCCAUUUGUAUAUCAAUGCUGAUCAAUGCUGUUUGUGAUGGAUAUUGUGAGCCAUUUCCUCCCCCUCCUUUUCUUUCUUCUUUUCCCUGCCUUUUUUGAUUAUUGCUUAUUGUUCGUCCUUAAUUAUUGAAAAUU